UUUGGGAAUUGAAUAAUCUAGAUCGCGGAACAUUGAGUAUUAUCACUCUCACCUUACAUCUUCUCUCACUUCCUCGUCACAGGUGAGUGUUGAUUUUACUCCCCCUCUGAUUUUCAGGUCGUCGGGUCCGGCAUUCAAGUUUUAUCGCCAUCCCUAUCAAUUCGACCUUGUGGAGGACUGCGAGAGAGGGUAUCGAAACUGACGAGGGGAAGCUUUCCAGACACCACCAAAAUGUCGAACUCCCGCAUCGAGGAAUUGCCCGACGAGCCCACCAAGAACGUCGAGGUUGAGGACGCAUCCAGCAGCUCCGACUCCGAGGUUGAGGCCGGUGAGGGCGAGGCCAACAUCCCCGCCGGUGCCUCCGUCGCUGUCCACUCCCGCAACGAGAAGAAGGCUCGCAAGGCCAUUGCUAAGCUCGGCCUGAAGCAUGUUCCCGGCAUUACUCGUGUCACUCUCCGCAGACCCAAGAACAUCCUUUUCGUGAUCAACCAGCCCGAUGUCUACAAGUCUCCCUCCAGCAACACCUACAUCAUCUUCGGUGAGGCUAAGAUCGAGGACUUGAACUCCGCUGCCCAGGCUUCCGCUGCUCAGCAGCUCGCUGCCGCUGAGGCUAACGCCAACGCUGACCCCCACGCCGGCCACGACCACGGUGACAAGGGCAAGGCUGUUGAGGCUGGUGAUGUCAAGAAGGACGAGGAGGAGGACGACGGUGAGGAGGUUGACGAGACUGGUCUCGAGGCCAAGGACAUUGAGCUUGUCAUGGCCCAGGCUAGUGUUUCGCGCAAGAAGGCCGUCAAGGCUCUCAAGGAGAACGACAAUGACAUUGUCAACUCCAUCAUGGCUCUCAGCAUAUAAGAUGGGCAAUGCUAGUCUCCACUGCAUCCGUGGGGCUUCUGCUUCGAUCUGGUGGAACGGGAUGCCAUCGCUUUACUAAGCUUUGCUCCUCAGCUCUGGAUUUAUUUUCCAGCGUAUCAUGCGAAUGAGCUCUGGGGUUGAAAAUGGUCGCCGCCGUUUAUAUCAGCAUUUGAUGGCCUG